CAAACUUUUAAAAAUGCAUAUUAAAAAUAUUCUUUCUUUAUUAAUAUUAAAUUUAAUUUUAUCCUCCAUUGCCAUUAAUGCUCUUGACUGUCCAAUUGCCAAUCCAAUUUUAGACGGUGGUGAAUUGGUUUCAAGCCUCCCAAUUAAUCUUGAUAGAUGCUUCAUUGAUACAAACUAUAACCCAAAGUGUCUUAGUAUCUGGAGUGGUUCUAUAGUUAAAGGUCAAAUUCAAACUAUCACAUACGGAGUCUACAAUAAAAAGGCCUACUUGACCUACACUGGUGAAAGAGUAUGUCUUAGAUUCGACUACGAAAGAUUAGUCCUCAAUUGUGUUUCCAACCAUCCAAACAACCCAGGAAACUUAUUAGAAUGUCGUGAAUAUUGCUAUCCAUUAAGUGCCCAUACCUUUAAAGUUGCACAAAUCGACGCAUUCAAUGGUUGCAGUACCAUCUAUACCGACCACCUUCAACCAACAUGGACCUAUUAAAAUUAAUAGUAUUAUACCUAUUAAAUUAAUAAAUAAAAUAUAAUAAUCACAUAAUAAUGUGUGAAUUUAGUUUUAUUCC